GCAGCUCAGUCUAUAGUGAUGGAGCUCUCUGAAUUUCCGUUUGUUACUAUGGUCAGGGUGAGAUAAAGUGUGGUUUCCUCUGAGCAUGCAAACUGAGGGGAAGAGGUAGCACUCGUGAGAAGGGCUGUUCAAGCCGUAAUGAAAAGGAGCAAAAGCUGAGUUCUCUUGGCCUGAAUCUCCUGUACCCUACUCGAGGCGGCUGUGAUCCACUCUAGCAUGGAGCCUGUCAGCGAGAACCCAGCUGGGGACGUCCCUGGGGAGGACAACAGUGAAAUGGAUCUGUCCCACCGAUUUUCGAAAAAAGAGCUUACCCUUCUGUACGAGGAGGUCCUUUAUACCAUACUGUACCGCCUGGGUAAACCUGAACCGAACCAUGUUGCUGAUGCCAGUGAGUUGUAUGAGUACGUCCAGAAGGCCUUCCAAAUGUCUCCAGAGGAGCACCAUAUUUUAAUGCAGCGGGUCAAGAGCCUGGAGAGCCCAAUUUUUUGUCUGAAAGCAACUGUGAAGCAAGCCAAGGGGAUUUUGGGCAAAGAUGUCAGUGGGUUCAGCGAUCCAUACUGCCUGCUGGGGAUCGAGGCCAGGAGCCAGGAGCAUUGCAGUGACAGCAGCUCCUCUCAGGAGAACAAGAAGCGGAUGAAGGCUGUGGUAAAAGACCUGAUCCCUGAAGACCAGAUCCAUCGCACUCAAGUCAUAAAUCAAACGCUCAGUCCCGUGUGGGAUGAAACAUUUAUCCUUGAGUUUAAAGAUGUAGCCAACUCCAGCUUCCACCUGGACAUGUGGGACUCUGAUGUAGUGGAAUCCGUGCGGCACAAGCUGGGAGAGCUGACAGAUCUCCAUGGCUUGAAGAGGAUCUUCAAGGAUGCUCGAAAAGACAAAGGUCAGGACGACUUCCUCGGGAACUUGGUUCUUCGCCUGCAGGACCUGCACUGCAGGGAUGACCAGUGGUACACCCUGGAGCCACGGACAGAAACCUACCCCAACAGGGGACAGUGCCACCUGCAGUUCUUGCUGACUCACAAGAAGAGGUGCACCUUCCUGAGCAAGACCCAGCCGAGUUACACUGUCCAUCGCCACCUGCUGCAGCAGAUGGUGUCAUAUGAGAUGUUGCAGCAUCAGGCUGGGAGUAUCUCCUGGGAUGGGGAGCUGAGCAACCAUGCCAGCACAAUCCUGUACCUGCAUGCUACUCAGAAGGACCUAUCUGACUUCCACCAGGUCAUGGCACAGUGGCUGGCUUACAGCAAGCUCUAUCAGGUCGUAGAAUUCAACAGCAGCUGCCUUCUCCACCAGAUCACCAGCAUUGAGUAUCAGUGGGCCCAGGAAAGGCUGAAACCUGAGCAGAAAUCAGAGCUGGCCGAGUCCUUUGAGUCCUUGCUGGCCUACGGUGUGUCUCUCCUUCAGAAGUACCGCAUCAUAUUCCCACUCUCCACAUCUCAGUCCACACAGAGGCUGCAGUCAUUGCUCAGAGUCCUGGUGCAGAUGUGCAAAAUGAAAGCCUUUCGGGAGCUUUGCUCACUGACCCCUGACCUUCAGCAGAUGGUGACCGAGGCGCUCAAGCUGGGGACUAUGGAGUGGUUUAACUUGAAGAAACAGCACCUGAAGCCCAUGACGAGGGGCAUGGAGGAGAAUGGCAGAGCCCUGGUCAGGCUUCUUGAGGAGGUGAACUGUGACCUCCAGCAAUGCCGCAAAAUUUGGAACAAAUUCUUCAACAACACCUUGAGAGUGGAUCUCUUCUCCGUGGCCUACCUGGAGCUGCAGGACCUGGUUUCACAUCAUGUGAAGGAGCAGCUGAGUGAGAUUGACAGUGGCAUGUCCCAGCUCACAGCAGAGAGCCUGUUCCAGCUCUACCUCAGUUUGCAAGAGCUUUAUCGAAUGAAGACCUUUCUACCAAGCAGGGAUGGCCCUCUUGCUCUGACUGACUUCUACCAGUGGUUUAAAGAGGCCAUUCCCAAGUGGCUCCAGAAGACCUACUCUAUAGCACUGGAGAGGACCCAGCGAGCUAUCCAAGUGGACCAGCUGGUGCCCCUUGGGGAGCUGAACAAACACAGCACGUCCACUGUCGACCUGUCCACUUGCUAUGCUCAGAUUGUGAAGACUUGGCAGCAGCUAGACUGGCCUGAUCCUGAGGAGGCCUUCAUGAUCAUGGUGAAGCUCGUUGAGGACAUGUGCAAAAUCGCUCUGAUGUACUGCAGGCUCAUCAAGACCAGGGCAGAGGAGCUGUCGUCAAAUCAGCAGGACGAAGGAAAUGCAGCCAACAGGCUCUGCAUUGUGGUGAACAACAUUGAGCAGCUGCGGCUGCUGAUCCUGAGGCUGCCGUCGCAGUUGGACUGGGAGCGGCUGGAACGGCGGAUGGGGGACACCAUUGAUCCCGAGCAGAUCCAGCAUACCCUGCACAACCAGCUCCAGGGCACCGUCUCCUGCCUCGACCAUGAGAUCAGAGACGUGGUGCAGACCCUAGCAGCAAAACUGGAAGGUGGGAUCGCCAGGCACAUCCAGGAGCUGUCAACUUCCAGAGACUCCAAAAGCCCAGAGGAUUCUAUCACGCCUCUCAUGAAGUUCCUGGAGUCGGAGCUGCAGUACCUGAAUGUGCAUCUGGUCCAGGAGAACUUUAACAGCCUCCUGGGUCUGCUCUGGAACCACACCCUGCAUGUCCUGACCACUGCCACCAAACAGCAGGGUUGCUCCUCCAGGCACUACCAGAAGCUGCAGUUUGCUGUGAAGAACCUGGAGCACUGUUUCCAUGCGGAGGGCUGCGGGCUGUCCAAGGACACCCUCCACACUGAAGCAUUCAUGGCCCUGGAGAAGGAGCUGUUGCUCCGCUGUGCCACAAGCCGGGAGCUCAUCCAGAAAUACUUCAGCAACAGACUCCAGCAGCAGUUGGCGACCAGCUCAGAGAAGUACGGGGCUGUGACCAUCAAAGCACUUUACCGAGCCUCCGACCAGAAGCUCCGCAUUGAAAUCCUUAAUGCUGUCAACCUCAUCCCUCUGGACUCAAAUGGCUCAAGCGACCCCUUCGUCCAGCUGACCCUGGAGCCACGGCAUGAAUUUCCUGAGGUGGUGGCACGGGUGACUCAGUGCAAGAAGAACGAUCUCCAUCCACUGUUUGAUGAGGUCUUUGAAUUUUUGGUCCCUCCAGAGAAGUGCCAGCAGGAGGGGGCCUGCCUGCUGCUCACUGUGUUUGACUAUGACACCCUGGGAGCCAACGAUCUGGAAGGAGAAGCUUUUUUUCCCCUCUGCAACGUGCCAGGGCUCAACAAGAAUGACGAUGAGGUGGACACAGUCACGGUGCCCCAAACACGGCUGCCACUGACCCAUCCCAAACCCACUGGGGACCCAAUCCUGAAGCUGCUGGAGUUUCGCAAAGGGGACAAGGAGGCGCAGGCCUUCGUGAAGCUGCGCAGACAGCGGGCGAAGCAGUCCAAGGAGUUGGAGUGAUGCCCGCAGGCAGGGAGCGGCCAGG